AUGAGACGUGGGAGGCCAGUGGGCGCCUGUUUACCUACGCCCACCGCCACCUGCCCAUUUACUUACGCCCUCUGCCACCUGCCCAUUUACUACGCCCACCGCCACCUACCUAAUUACCUACGCCCACUGCCACCUACCCAAUUACCUACGCCACCGCCACCUGCCAUUUACCUACGCCCACCGCCACCUACCCAAUUACCUACGCCCACUGCCACCUGCCAUUUACCUACGCCCACUGCCACCUACCCAAUUACCUACGCCCAUCGCCACCUACCUAAUUACCUACGCCCACUGCCACCUGCCCAUUUACCUACGCCCCUGCCACCUGCCCAUUUACCUACGCCCCUGCCACCUGCCCAUUACCUACGCCCACCACCACUUACCCAAUUACCUACGCCCACCGCCACCUGUCCAUUUACUUACGCCACCGCCACCUGCCCAUUUACCUACGCCCACGCCACCUGCCCAUUACCUACGCCCACUGCCACCUGCCCAUUUACCUACGCCCACUGCCACCUGCCCAUUUACCUACGCCCACCACCACUUACCCAAUUACCUACGCCCACUGCCACCUACCCAAUUACCUACGCCCACCGCCACCUACCCAAUUACCUACGCCCACCGCCACCUGCCCAUUUACUUACGCCCACUGCCACCUACCCAAUUACCUACGCCCACCGCCACCUUCUCAGUUACCUACGCCCACCGCCACCUGCCCAUUUACUUACGCCCACUGCCACCUGCCCAUUUACUUACGCCCACCGCCACCUGCCCAUUUACCUACGCCCACUGCCACCUGCCCAUUUACCUACGCCCACUGCCACCUGCCCAUUUACCUACGCCCACCGCCACCUGCCCAUUUACCUACGCCCACUGCCACCUGCCCAUUUACCUACGCCCACUGCCACCUGCCCAUUUACCUACGCCCACCGCCACCUGCCCAUUUACUUACGCCCACUGCCACCUGCCCAUUUACCUACGCCCACUGCCACCUGCCCAUUUACCUACGCCCACUGCCACCUGCCCAUUUACCUACGCCCACUGCCACCUGCCCAUUUACUUACGCCCACCGCCACCUGCCCAUUUACCUACGCCCACUGCCACCUGCCCAUUUACCUACGCCCACUGCCACCUGCCCAUUUACCUACGCCCACUGCCACCUGCCCAUUUACUUACGCCCACUGCCACCUGCCCAUUUACCUACGCCCACUGCCACCUGCCCAUUUACUUACGCCCACCGCCACCUGCCCAUUUACUUACGCCCACCGCCACCUACCCAAUUACCUACGCCCAUCGCCACCUACCUAA